UGACCUGGUGACUGCCUGGCCUCGCUGCCACACCCGUGGGUUCUCAGAGAUCAUUAUCCUAAUAAAGGAGUAGAAGAAAAUCAAAGGUCACCAGUCAAAGCUCUUAAAGGGCGAUUGUGCGCAUGUGCCACGCACGGUGCCUGAGAUUGGGAGCCUGGUGACUGUCAGAGGACUUCCCAGUGGUGCCUGGGUCUGGGGUAUGGAUGGGGCUGCACAACCCCACUGAAACUUGGCUCCAGUCAGCCUGAGGAGGGUGCGCCUUUCUGGUCCCUACUGCUGCCCUGAGGGCUAGACCCACUGGCCAGACUCCAUGGAACCGCCGGAGGCCACCUGCUCCAGCCCACCCCUCAGCACGGAGGCCAGGGCAGCAGCCGCCCGUGGUCUGCUCCUGGACACGUUCGAUCAACUGAGUGAGGCGCAGCUGAAGCGCUUCCGCCACAAGCUGCGGGAUGCGAAGCAGGAUGGACGCAGCAUCCCGUGGGGUCGGCUGGAGGGCGCGGAGGUCACGGACCUUGCUGACUGUCUGACCAGCUUCUUCGGGCCGGAGACCGCCUUGGACGUGACGCGCAAGACCUUGAAGAGGGCUGACGUGCGCGACGUGGCUGCACAGCUCAAGGAGCAGCGGCUGCACAGGUUUGGACCCACCCCCUCGGUGCUGCUCACAGAGUACAAGAAGAAGUACCGAGAGCACGUGCUGCGGCGGCAUGCCAAGGUGAAGGAGAGGAACGCCCGCUCGGUGAAGAUCAAUAAGCGCUUCACCAAGCUGCUCAUCGCGCACGAGGAGGCCGCCCUGGAGGACCAGCCUGUGUGGCCCCUGGAGGAGCCGCCGCCAGAGCGCGCGCAGCGCUCGGACACCCACACCUUCAACCGCCUGUUCAGCCCCAGCGAGGAUGGGAACUGGCCGCUUACGGUGGUGCUGCAGGGCCCGGCGGGCAUCGGCAAGACCAUGGCCGCCAAGAAAAUCCUGUACGACUGGGCGGCGGGCAAGCUGUACCACAGCCAGGUGGACUUCGCCUUCUUCAUGUCUUGCAGCGAGCUGGUGGAGGGACGCGACACGCGCAGCCUGGCAGACCUGAUCCUCGACCAGUGCCCGAGCCGCAGCGCGCCGGUGCGGCUCAUGCUGGCGCAGCCAGAGCGGCUGCUCUUCAUCCUGGACGGCGCGGACGAGCUGCCCAGUGAGGAGGGGCACUGCACCGACCCAUUCCAGGCCACCAGCGGCGCGCAGGUGCUGGGCAGCUUGCUGAGCAAGGAGCUGCUGCCCGGUGCCCGCCUGCUGGUGACCACGCGCGCCACCCCCAGGACGCUGCGAGGCCAAGAGAGCUCCCCGCAGUGCGCCGAGGUGCGCGGCUUCUCCGACAAGGACAAGAAGAAGUAUUUCUACAAGUUCUUCCAAGACGACUGGAGGGCGGAGCGUGCCUACCGCUUCGUGAAGGAGAACGAGACGCUGUUCGAGCUGUGCUUCGUGCCCUUCGUGUGCUGGAUCGUGUGCACCGUUCUGCACCGGCAGCUCAAGCUCGGCCAGGACCUGUCGCGCACCUCAAAGACCACCACGUCCGUGUACCUGUCUUUCGUCGCCAUCGUCCUGAGAAAAAAGUUCACCGACGACGCAGCCCGUGCGCAGGGCGAGCUGCUCAGGCUGUGCCUCCUGGCCCGCGAGGGCGUCCUCAGGCGCAAGGCGCAGUUCACCGACAAGGACCUGGAUCGACUGGAACUUCACGGCUCCGAAGUCCAGAGGCUGUUUCUGAGCAAGAAGGAGCUGCCGGGCCUGCAGAAGACUGACGUCACCUACCAGUUCAUGGACCAUAGCUUCCAGGAAUUCUUCACCGCGAUGUCCUAUCUGCUGGAGGACCGGGGGGCUCCCGGGACUCCAGCCGGGGGCGUGGGGGAGCUGCUUUCGGGAAAAGCCGAGGUGCGCCGCCACCUCACGCUCACCACGCGCUUCCUCUUCGGGCUGCUGGGCACACAGAACGACAUCGAGGUCCCUUUCAGCUUCAGGGCGUCCGAGCGCGUGAAACAGGACGCCCUGAGGUGGGUGCAAGGCCAGGGCCUCCCGAGGCCGGCGCCAGAGGGAGCGGGGAAAGCCGACGCCCUGGAGGGCGCGGAGGAGGCCGAGGAGCAGGAGGAGGCGGGCGAGGAGGAGGCCGAGGAGCAGAGCGACGCCCUGGAGCUGCUCUACUGCCUGUACGAGACGCAGGAGGACGCGCUCGUGACCCAGGCCCUGCGCACCCUCCCGGAGCUGGCGCUGGAGGGGGUGCGCUUCCACCGCAUGGACCUGGCGGUCCUGAGCUACUGCGUGCGGUGCUGCCCCGCGGGGCAAGCCCUGCGGCUGGGUCGCUGCGCACUGGCCCCAGCGCAGAAGAAAAAGAAGAGAAGCCUGAUGAAGCGGCUGCAGGGCGGCCUGGGCGGCAGCUCCAGCUCUCGAUCCGCUUCAAGAAACCCCCAGGCCUCUGCGCUGCGUCCACUCUGUGAGGCCAUGACCAGCCAGCAGUGCGGUCUCAAGAGCCUGACGCUGUACCACUGCAAACUCUCCGACUCCAUGUGCCAAGACCUCUCUGAGGCCCUGAAGAAGGCCCCUGCCCUGACUGACCUGGGCCUCCUCCACAACACUGUCAGUGAGGCAGGCCUAUGCAAGCUGAGUGAGGGCCUGGCCUGGCCCCAGUGCCGGGUGCAAACGCUCAGGCUGCAGCAGCCGAACCUGCAGGACGCGCUCCUGGUCGGCCUGCUUCGGCAGAGCCCUGCCCUGACCACCCUGGAUCUCAGUGGCUGCCAGCUGCCGGGACCCACCGUGACCUGCCUGUGUGUGGCCCUGAAGCACCCAGAAUGCCGCCUGCAGAACCUCAGGCUGACCUCCGUGGAGCUGAAUGAGCAGUCACUGCUGGAGCUGCGGGCUGUGAGGACAGCAAAGCCGGGUCUGGUCAUCACACACCCAGCACUGGACAGCCAGCCCUAGACUCCCAAGGGAUUCAGCAGUGCCUGCUGAGGCCCUGGAGCCCAGAGCCUGGAGCCUGGAGCAGGGAGGACUCGCGUCGGCCCUACAGAACAGACCUCCUCAUUCCAAGGCUGGAAAGGUGUUGCUCUCAGCUCUGGGCAACUCUUUGGAGCCUGAGGGGCUUUGGGCAGGCAGGUGGGAGACAUGAGCACACAGCCACUUACCCGCCCUGGACAGGCCCUAAGACAUGCUCCUCCCCCCACACACUGAAGACAGGUUAUGUGUCUGUCCUCCAUAGCCAAGGACCCCUUUACCCCCAGUCCCCACUGCUACUUCCUCUCCUGGGACCCUUCAGCCCCAGAACAACAGUGCUGCUGAGAGCUCCCCAGUGACUGCACACCUACCAUGCGCUGGCCUUUUCCUGACUUUCCCAGCACAAAGGAAUCCCUUUGCUGGUGCCGUCCCCAUCUGGAGUAUAGGCCCCCCCUCAGCCCCACAACUCUGCUCCUGGCCACAGGGGAUCGAGCAAGGGCUAACAGUUGACCAAAGGUAUGCAGGGUCACUAUCCAUCCCUAGAAUGGUGGCAUUAGGAGUGAAGGCAUCUCUGAGGCUGUGUGGUCUGAGCCCAGAGGUGUCCACUCACUGUCUUGAUCUUCAGGAAUGGAGACCAGGGGAGGUAGAGAUGGAGUAGUGGCCCCUGGCUCAGGGUGGGCACUGUGACACCACAGGUGGUGGGCAACCCUUCAUGCACUGAUAAUCCCCCCUCCUUUGGAUUCAUUUCUGCAGGUUUCUGUUGCAUGUGGUCAGGUGUGCUAUCAGGUGCCCACAGUCUUUCCUGUAUGGGGCGUGUUCUAGUCCUAAUUUCAUGGAUGAGUCUCAGGAGACAGACUGAUUGCAGGAAGCUCUGAGAUGAGGCUUGGCCUUGAUGGGCAGGUUCAGCAGCAGACAGCCCCCCAAGCCUCAAGUCUCUUCUGCCAGCUCCUGAGACCCCAGUCCAGGUGGGACGGAAGCCUGGGUGUCAGCCUCUCCAGGCCUCAAGGGAAAUUCCCUUCCUUAAUCCACUUUCAAAAUCCAGUCAUUCAUUCUGAAAAAAAGACAAAAAUCUCUUCCUCCUAGAGGCAGCAAUCUAGGAGAAGCAAUCAUAGAUCGGCUGAUAAAUGCUGUGGAGGAACUAAGGGAGGCAGAGCCGCAGGAGGGAAUGGGCCAGGGUCUCCUGCGGCAAGGAGGGCACCGGGGGGGAAAUCUGACUGGGACAGGCAUGUGGAAAUGAAAGGAAAUGAUGGAUUAAGCCCUGAGGGUAUCUUGAAGUGGAGUGUUCCAGUGCGAAGGCCAAGAAGGGUAUGUCUUAGCUCAGGUGGUUAUAACAAAAUACAAUAAAGUGGAUGGCUUGUCAACAACAGAAACUUAUUUCUCAGAGUUCUAGAGGCUGGGAAGUCCAAGAUCUAGGUGCUGGGAGAUUUGGGGUCUGCUGAGGGCCUCUUUCAGGCUGUAGACACUGUCUUCUUGCUGUGUGCUCACAUGAUAGAGUGAGGUAGCUCUCUGGUCCCC